GUAAACUCCUUUAUCCGCUCUCCACUCUCUCAUUCCCCGUGUCCUGUUUGACUUUACGUUCCGACAAUCACCAGUAUCAGACAGAAGCAGAGUUCGAAGCUGAGAGAUUCUUGUUCCUGUCUGAAUGUUAAAAAAAGUCUAGAGAGAGAGAGAGAGAUAGACUGAUCUGGGUUUCUAGAAGACGAAGAGAGAAUUCAAGUAAAAGAGUAUAGGAAGAUGGUUGCAAGAACCCCACAAAUGCAGAGGAGAGUGGCGAUGGUGGUGCCUCCUCUCAACACAGAACUUCUCAAGGAAACAAUCAACAAGGUUGAUAAAUGUAUGGAAAGACUGCAAGAGCUGCAAUACACAAUAGCAGGAGGAACCAAAGUUGUCUCUGGUGUGAACCUUAGCCCUAGAAGCACUAGAAUUUAUUUGAAGACUAGCCUUAGAUGCAAGCAAGAAACCUUAAGGAUCAAGAAUGCUACUAACAAGAAAUCUCCAUUAGGAAAGUUUCCAGCUUCCUCACCAGGAGACUGGAGGAAAAUGUCACUACCAGCAAUGCUACUAGGAGAGACAGUAAACGAAAUCUUACAAGCCUCACAUGUCACUAGAGACAUUGUAGAUGCCCUUGCACCAAAGAAGAGUAGAAAGUCAACAAUGCCAGAAGAAGACGGUUGCCCUAAGACACCUGAGACACAACAGAAAUCACUGGAACCGAAACCUAAAACUGUCAACAGUAAUAUCAAAGCGAGAAGGAAGAAAGAGAAGCAGAACAAACGUUCAGAACCAACUUCUCCUGCUUCUAUACAUAAGGCUCGUUCAAGAAUUGUCUUCAAGAUUGUCUCUCCACAGACAAAAGCAGAGAAGAAGGCUCAAAAUGGUGAGAAUAGUUUUAGGCAUGCGGCGAAUAGGGUUUCACCAAAGCACAAACCUUGGGUUAAAAAGGCUGUUCUUUUCCCUAACCCUUUGUUUAUCUCCGGUUCCUCUACGCAACAAGCUAAGUUCAGUAGAACAAUGUCUCCUGUCAUAGCCAGAAGCAAGAACAGUAAAGAGACGCCACGCAAGUUUCAGGUUAAGAUCAAGAGCCCACCUAAAGUCUCGGUUUCUCCUAACAGAAGCGGAAGUAACUUGGGUCGCAAGUCACCUCGAGGUUCUCCGACAAGAAGUGUAACCUUGGGCAAGUCUCCAAAGCUAUCUACAGCUGCAAAGCUCAGAAGAUCAUUUACUCCAACGAGAAAUGGAAGUGACGUGGCUCGCAAGUCAUCUAUUUCUCCAAAGAGAGUCACGCUUCAAGCAUUUAUAUCUCCAUCAAGAAAUGGUGGUAACGUGGGCAAGAAGUCACCAAAGCCUUGGAUUUCUCCGACUAGAGUGGGCAAGAAGACAUCAACUGCAGCAAAGCUGAGGAGGUCAUUUUCUCCAUCAAGACUAGCGAUGAGGCUGGUGUCUCCACUGAAGAGCAGGAAAAGUGUUGGGAAGUGUGAUGAUCAUGAUGAGAUGGGGAUGAUGGUGAGCGGCUUGAAACAGCGUCCUGUUAUAGUUCCUAAGAGGUUCUCGAUGGGGAGAAUCUAAUAAGAGAGACUUUGAAAUGAAAUAAGAUACCUUUUUAGUACAAAUAAACUUUUUUCUUUUAUCAGUUGAUCAA